UUUCCAAGCUACGGCAGGAGAAGGAGGGGAGCCGUAAAGCGAUGUGUUUUGGACUGGAGGAGGUCAUUGGAAAGUGAGCAGUGAGUGCGGGCUGGUUCCGGAGGCACAGAGACACCCAGUGACAGGAUAUAUCUGAUGCCGGUGUGAGACAAAUACACAAUUCAACCUCUCUGUUUAGCGUUUCAACCGCGGCGACAUGCUCCGUCUAAUCCUGCGGCUCAGGCCGUCCUCCGGGCUGCCCUGUCCCCGUGCCCUCCUGGUCGGGCCUGCUACUCCCAGCACCCGCUCCGUGGCCGCUACCUGUUCUCUGAAGCGGCUUCACUGCGGAGCGGCGUCCCGGGCAGUGUGUGCGGGCUCCGGCUUCAGCCCCAGGGGGACUCUGCUGCGGUGUCCCCGGCUGGCGGGCAGCUAUCAGGGCGCACGUUUCUACAGCCUGCCGCCGCACCAGAAGGUGGAGCUUCCUGCACUGUCACCCACCAUGCAGACGGGAACGAUCGCACGCUGGGAGAAGAAGGAGGGGGAAAAAAUCAGCGAGGGCGAACUUAUAGCUGAGGUGGAGACUGACAAGGCCACUGUUGGUUUUGAGAUCCUGGAGGAGUGCUAUAUGGCAAAGAUCCUUGUUCCUGAAGGGACCAGAGAUGUCAGCAUUGGAGCUGUAAUCUGCAUCACGGUUGACAGCCCUGACCUCGUCGCAGCCUUUAAGGACGUAACGUUGGAGUCUCUUCAAGCAGCCGGUGCCAGUCCUUCACCAGUUGCCUCCACUCCUCCUCCUCCUGCUGCUGCUGCCGCUCCCCCUGCAGCCCCGGGCAGCUCUUACCCCACACACAUGAAGGUCACACUUCCUGCCCUCUCUCCCACCAUGACGAUGGGAACAGUGCAGCGCUGGGAGAAGAAGGUUGGAGAGAAGCUGAGUGAAGGAGAUCUGCUGGCUGAGAUCGAGACUGACAAGGCGACCAUAGGCUUUGAGGUGCAGGAGGAGGGAUACUUGGCCAAAAUCAUGGUGGCAGAGGGAACUCGGGAUGUUCCACUGGGAAUGCCGCUCUGCAUCAUUGUAGAGAGAGAAAGUGACAUCGCUGCCUUCAAGGAUUAUGUAGAGACUGGAGUGGCAGAGGUUUCCGCUCCAGCUCCAGCACCGGUUGCAGCUCCAGCUGCUGCAGCACCGAGUCCUGCUGCCACAGCCGCUGCCCCAGCAGCAGCAGCCAGGAAAGGUCGUGUGUUUGCCAGCCCGCUCGCCAAGAAACUGGCUGCCGAUAAAGGAAUUGACCUUGCACAAGUCAGCGGCUCUGGUCCUGAUGGGCGCAUCACCAGGAAAGAUAUUGACAGCUUUGUACCACCAAAGGCUGCACCUGCCGUCGUUGCUGCUCCCACUCCAGCUGUAGCUCCGGCUCGUUCUGCUCCUGCUGCAGCACCUGCUGCAGCAGCUGGGACCUUCACCGACAUCCCUAUCAGCAACAUCCGCAAGGUCAUCGCUCAGAGGUUGAUGCAGUCCAAGCAGACGAUUCCCCACUAUUAUCUGUCUGUAGAUGUCAACAUGGACCAAGUGAUCGAGCUUCGGAAAGAUCUCAAUGCUGAGGUGAAAGCCCAGAAUAUCAAGCUUAGUGUGAAUGACUUUAUCAUCAAAGCCAGCGCUCUGGCCUGCCUAAAGGUUCCUGAGUGCAACUCAUCCUGGUUGGAUACGGUCAUUCGACAGAAUCAUGUGGUGGACCUGAGUGUAGCAGUGAGCACAGCCAACGGUCUCAUCACGCCCAUAGUCUUUAACGCCCACACCAAAGGACUGGCUGCCAUCAGCUCCGACGUGUCGGCUCUCGCUGCCAAAGCGAGAGAAGGCAAACUGCAGCCACAUGAGUUCCAGGGAGGCACAUUCACAAUCUCUAAUUUGGGAAUGUUUGGCGUCAAGAAUUUCUCCGCUAUAAUCAACCCCCCUCAGUCCUGUAUCCUCGCGGUCGGAGGCUCAGAGAAACGGCUGAUGCCUGCUGAUAACGAGAAAGGGUUCGACGUAGCCAGCAUGAUGUCGGUGACGCUGAGCUGCGACCACCGGGUGGUGGACGGAGCGGUCGGAGCACAGUGGCUCGCAGAGUUCCGCAAGUUCUUGGAGAAACCCGUCACCAUGCUGUUGUGAUUGGACUGAACUGCUGUUAAACUGCAGCAACAGGCAGUGGCCUCUCACUGAAGUGAUCUGAUUGGUCUAACUAGUCUGGAUCCUCCCAUGAUUGGCUGCCUGACACCAGGUCACUCCCAGUUAUCCUGAAGGGGAAGAGGCGGAGCUUACUCUGCUAACCUGUCUCUUUCUCUGUCUGUCCUGUCUGUCUUUCUCUCCUCUCUCUCACUCAUACGCUAUUUAUUGAGGCCCCUUAUCAAGAGACCAGAAUUAGGUAUAAUUUAUGCUAGAAUAGAGACGGGUCUUAUGUCACUAAAACACAGAGUGUUUUACAAAGGGAAGAGUUACAUGUCCAACCAGCGAACAUAUUUAUCCCAAAAUGUGUGUGUGUGUGUAUGUGUGUGUUUGUUUCUGCACAUUUUAAUCUGUGAUUUUGUGUGAAUGUGAUAAAGACAACUGGAAGUGGAGCUAUCUGUUGGUUCCAGUCUUUGGAGUUAAGAGUUGUGAUGUUUAAGGAUGGAGCUAAAUAUAUGUUAACUUAGAGACACGGUUCAGAUCUACACACACACACACACACACACACACACAAAAACCUGUCCCUGUUCAGUGGCCACACACACACACACACACACACACAAUUGAAAAGUUAAGUGUGUUUCCCGUGGGUUGAUGCUAGAGUGUAUAUUCUUCACUGUGAGAUGAACACAGUGCUGUGUGUGUAUAUAUAUAUAUAAAUAUAAAUGGUGAGUUGUUCGGUCAAAAGUAAAGGAGCUAUGUUGAGGCCUCACCAUAUCAUUUAAUAUCCGUACUGUCCUGAAUGAUAACAAACACUCUUCAAGGAAGUACUAAACGGUUCUGCCAAUUCUCUCUCUUCGAUGGGAAUGUUUUAUGUUCUAAUUUCGGGCUUAAACACUUUACUUUUUGAAAUAUUCUAUAUUUCACUGCUGCAACGCACAAAGCUGGUGCUGGAUGUUUGUUUGAAUAAAUUGGAAGAAGUCAGUCUUGUGCCAUAUGCUCUUUGGUUUGGGUUUGUAUAAAUGGACAUAUUGUAAGUGCCCAAAUUAGAGCUCAGUGUAAUCACACAAAAUCUCAAAAAUAUUUUAACUAGGACUCCCAAGAAACUGCCCUGCCUUUUUAAUAAUUGCUGAACAUCUAAUGGAAGAAAGUAAAGAUCUAAACCUGCAGUCCUUGCUCAUUAACGUUUCCUUGUUUUGGAUUUGAUCUGCAAUAUUGUCACGUUGAACUGCUGUCUUUGUUUAUAUCGGCAACAUCUGAAAUCACCAAAGUAACAUGUAUAUAAAUGAAUAAAGGUAAAGAGAAAGCUGACAGGGUCCAAACAACAGACCUCAUUGGGGUGAAAUAAUAAAAGGUCA